AUGGCCUUUAACGUUGGACCCCAACUGGACGACUCCAGGGACCGACCCGGUCUUUGGUCUGCCGGGCACAGUACCGCUGUCUCACUUCAGCCCGCCGAUGAGAUUUCCGGCUCGGAGGGGCUUCGCUCGACCCUCACCCGGCACUUUGCUGCCGACAUCAAUACCAAAUAUACCGAUAUGCUCCUCAUCGUCUGCGGCUUCGUGAGCGGCCUCGUAGAUGGCCUGUGCUUCAACGCCUGGGGCAGUUUUGCCAGCAUGCAAACCGGAAACACCGUCUUCAUCGCCCUCGGCGCCAGCGGCCAACCAGUCUAUCCAGCCUACCUCUGGGCCAAGUCCCUCGUCGCCGUUGCCGUCUUCAUCCUCUCCAUGAUCGUUUACAUUUACAUCUCACGUCUUCUGGGGCCCCGCCGCCGCUCGACCCUCAUCCUGUCCUUCAGCGCGCAGACUCUGGCCCUCCUGGCCGCCGCCAUCCUCGUCGAAACCGGCACCGUCAGCCGGCGUCCCGAGGACCCCCGCGCCCCUAUCCAAUGGCUGCAGAUUCUCCCCAUCUCGUUGCUUUCAUUCCAGGCCGCGGGUCAGAUCGUGGCGUCACGAAUCCUCUCCUACGACGAGAUCCCGACCGUCGUCCUGACGACGCUCCUGUGCGACUUGCUCGUCGACAAGGACUUGCUGGCCCGCGGGUGGACAUCCAACCCGCGGCGGAACCGCCGUGUCGGCGCCUUCCUGGCGCUCUUCCUGGGCGCCAUGACGGCGGGAGGGUUGAGCAAGGUGACGGAUAUGGCCGCCAGUCUCUGGUUUGCGAUGGCAUUGAAGUUGGGAAUCGUCAUUGCUUGGUUUGUAUGGAAAGCUGAGGGAAGCAGGAGGCAGAGCAAGGGGGAGGUUUAG